UGCCUCCCUGUCAGAGUCCGGGUACCCGUGCUGCUAUGAUUGGUUUGCAUCUGGUUGGGGAUCCGGCGGUGUUGCUACUUCCUCUCGUUUACGUGUUAUGCCGCCAUCCACCUACACCGUCCGAGUAAUAAUACUACGGAUAUGCUCUUUGAGUACGGCUAGCGUUGAUCACAGUCUCGUUACCGUAGGCACAGUGGCGCUUGUGGGCCAGGUUCUGUACAUAGUAUUGUAUCUUGCCAUCUAUGGCAUUUUUUUUUCCAAGACAUGCAGUCAUGCAACUCAUCUGAUUGAAGCCACUGAACAACCAAACAACCAUUAUAGCCUCCCCACAGUGAUGCGACUGUUUUUCAAGCUUCGAUCUCGGAGAUGUGUUUACGCCUGGAGGCUACUGCUUGCUGGUCAGACAAUGAUGUUAUCUCAUCAUGCGCCGACAUUCCGCCUAGUGAUGAUGAAAGCGGCUAUGCGAAGAUGGCAAACUGCCGCUCGCAUAGGUUCAUACGCGGCAAACUGAUAAUAGAUGCUGUGAAGCGUCGCAACAUAAAGAUGAAAACGAGGUGUAUGUACGGCAGGGGAAACCUGGCGGACACGCCUCGUGGGUAUCACGGUAAUGCUCACGAACUGCCAGGGUCACCUACGUACGUAAGUGAUCACGCAUCAAAUUUUUCGUCUUCCUUCAGGCCGGGCUUCUGAUCUUUUAUGCAAAGGAGUCAUCAUCAUGGCUUCUAAAAUUCUCGUCACGGAAGCGUACGAUGG